UAACCCUUUCUCCUCUCCCCCACCCUCCCCUUUGCCCUACAGAUGCCAUGCAUGCCCUCCAGCUGUGCAGCCCAUCCCUGAGAAGUGACAGGGAAGAACUCCCAGGAGGCAGGGCUCUGGGGGUACCAGCUCCCAGAAAAGUCUGCAUUAGACAACGUGGAAAGAAAGAGCAUUUGGGGUGUUUUGUGUGUGUGUGGGGGGGAAAGAUUCUUCUUUGCAAUCCUUUAUACCCACCAUCUUUGCAAUGCCCUCAGACUAGCCCCUCCAGGGUCCCCGGGAGACAGUCCCUGAGCCCAGUACAUGUUGGGACAGGCCCUCAGAAACUUAAUGCAGAUUCCUGGGAGCAUUACUGGCAGUUCCUUCCAUGGCUUCAAAGUCCAGUCCAGGGCUCAGGGAAACCCAGGGCAGUGCUGCCGGAGAACAAUGACUGAAUAGUGAGCUGGGAAGCCAGCAAGAACCACAGGGCGUGUCUGCAUCCAGCAGCCUCAAUAAGGAAUCUUCUUGAUACUCAUCAAAGCAGAGUUCUUCCUCUUUGUGACAGGAGGCCCUGCUGCAGACUUCGCACCGUGCACUGAUGAGGAACAGUGAUCACUAUUACGCCUCUCCGGAACCUAAUGGAUGUUUAGGCACCUAAAGCCUGAGACGAUCUAGGCCCUGGUGACUUCCUUUUUGGAUCCCGCUCUCUCCCCCUCUCCAAGAGUUGGGGCUUCUGGCCACAACUCUUCCACCCCCACAUCUGAUGAGUGCUUCCUAAGCUAUAUGGAAACAUGGAACGCUGACUCACAGGAGAUGAGCUACCUUUGGAGCACGGUGGGGUGGGACUCACCCUUGCGGACAUGCCUCUUCUUGUAUCUUCUUCUCCACUCAGCAGCAGAACCAGGAGAAAGUUGCCGUUUUGCCACAUCACAGCCAGGCAUGGAGGUGCUGAAGGACAACCUGACUGUCAUGAACAAUCACUUGGAGAAAGGAUGCAGCGCACGGAGUCAGAAGCCGCUGGAAGAUUUAAAACAGAUAGAAGAAAACCUGUUGAAUGUCAGUUUCCAGGAGAACUUCACUAUCGUGUGCCCCGAAAUUCAGACCUUGGUCUUCAAUAUUAUGCCGACGAAUUUCCAAGGGCUAAACAUCAGCAGCAAUAUGACAGAGCUGUCCAAAGGCCGAAGGAGUAAAACCCGGCACGCCAUGCGUUUCCCAGCGGAGCUGGGGAAGAAAACCCGGAACGCAGCAGAAACACGACUCACCUGCAUUUAUUUCAAAGGCUCUUGUCUCUUCCAGCCCACGGCCUCGCUGAUUAAGUACGCUGGGGUGGAAGGUUUGCCAUAUGGGCCCCUGCCUGCUGGGAACGGGAUGGAGACCAACAUGCUCCUCGCACAUAGCUCCCGGCUGAACGACGACAUCCUCGGGGCCACGCUGGGGGGAGCCACGGUCACCAACCUCAGUCAUGCGGUGGAGAUCCAGUUCUGGCAUGACCUGGUGCUGGAUAACUCCAAUGCGACCUGCGUCUUCUGGGUGGAAGGAACAGGAGGCAGAGGCCUGGGGCACUGGAGCAGCGCUGGCUGUGAGACCGUCCACAACGCGAGAACGGUGCUGUGCAUGUGCAGACACCUCACCUACUUUGCUGUGCUGCUGAAAAUAUCCUCCGCGGCCAUCGACAAGGACCUCCUGGCUCCUCUCACCUACAUCUCCAUCGUGGGCUGCAGCAUCUCGGCUGCUGCCUCACUUCUCACCGUCCUCUUCUACCUCGCCUCCAGGAAAAGGAGCAGCGAUUAUACAACCAAAAUCCACAUGAACCUGCUGGGCGCCCUCUUCUUGCUCAACGUCUCCUUCCUGCUCAGCGAGCCGCUGGCAUCCGUGGGCUCCACGUGGCUCUGCUGGGGCACCGCCGCCUUCCUCCACUACUCCCUGCUCUGCUCCCUGACCUGGAUGGCCAUCGAGGGCUUCCACCUCUACCUGCUCGUCAUCAAGGUCUACAACGUGUACUUCAGGAGAUACGUCCUCAAGCUGUGUGCAGUUGGCUGGGGACUGCCCGCCUUACCUGUGCUUAGCAUCCUCAUCAAGUCCGGGAUCUACGGGAAGUAUGACAUUCGAACUGAAACUGGCUACAAUAAUGCAACCAUGUGUUGGAUCACAGAUUUGGGUGUUCAUUACGCCCUCGCCCCGGGCUAUGCUGGUCUUACCGUCCUCUUCAACAUGGUCAUCUUAGUCGCCGUCGUGCGGCUGCUGCGGCUGUGGAGAUCCAACGUGGAGAAUCAGAAAGCGCGAGUGAAGAAGGAUCUGUGGACCGUGCUGGGCCUGACGUGCCUGCUGGGAACCACCUGGGCUCUGGCCUUCCUUGGUUUUGGGGUCUUGUUGGUGCCUCAGCUCUUCCUCUUCAGUAUCAUCAACUCCCUACAGGGGUUCUUCAUCUGCCUCUGGUACUGCACCGCACGCCGCCAGUCGGACACCCACUCCUCUAUGAGGAGCUCUCAGACGACGAAAUAACCAGGCCAGCCAGAUAGACCGCGCUCCUAAAUGGGAACUGCUCAUCUCCCACAAGCAGAUUCACUUACAAUGGAACUGGCCUGAACGUAAGAACGGCCAUUCUGGGGCAGACCAAAGGUCCAUCUAGCCCAGAAUCCUGUCUGCCGACAAUGACCAA